UGUGAGAGCAACAGAAAGUGUUUGGACACGGCCCACAGAGGAACAAAGGCCCUUCUUUGUGAUUGGUCGAAACUCUGAUAAACACUCUGCACUCCACCCUAACCUUGAGAGUACAGCUCUGAAACAUCAUGGCAACUGCAGGGAAGGUGAUCCGGUGCAAAGCUGCCGUAGCAUGGGAGGCUGGGAAACCUCUCGUGAUGGAGGAGGUGGAGGUGGCACCUCCUAAAGGUGGGGAAGUACGCCUCAAGAUUGUGGCCACAGGGAUCUGUCACACCGACUCCUACACACUAAGUGGCUCCGACCCUGAGGGAGUUUUCCCCGUAGUGCUGGGUCACGAGGGAGCUGGCAUCGUUGAGAGUGUCGGCGAGGGAGUCACUAAAUUUCAGCCAGGGGACACGGUCAUACCUUUGUAUAUCCCACAGUGUGGAGAGUGCAAAUUCUGUAAGAAUCCCAAAACCAACUUGUGUCAAAAGAUCAGGCUCACUCAGGGCAAAGGCUUGAUGCCAGAUGGGACGACCCGUUUCUCUUGCAAAGGGAAGAGCCUCUUCCAUUUCAUGGGUUGUAGCACAUUCUCUGAGUACACCGUGGUGGCUGAGAUCUCCCUGGCCAAAGUGGACCACAAGGCCCCUCUGGACAAGGUGUGUCUGCUGGGCUGUGGCAUCACCACUGGUUAUGGAGCUGCUCUAAACACUGCCAAGGUGGAGGCAGGCUCAACCUGUGCAGUGUUUGGCCUGGGAGCGCUGGGCCUUGCAGCAAUCAUGGGCUGUAAAGCAGCUGGGGCAGCCAGGAUUAUUGGAGUCGAUCUCAAUCCUGACAAGUUUAAAACCGCCCGAGAGUUCGGUGCCACAGAUGUGGUGAACCCGAAGGACCACAGCAAGCCAAUCCAAGAGGUCCUGGUAGAGAUGACAGAUGGCGGCGUGGACUACUCCUUUGAAUGUGUGGGCAACGUGGCAAUCAUGAGGGCAGCACUGGAGGCCUGCCAUAAAGGAUGGGGUACCAGCGUCAUCAUCGGGGUGGCAGCAGCCGGAAAAGAGAUCUCCACCCGGCCCUUCCAGCUGGUGACCGGACGCACCUGGAAAGGCACUGCUUUUGGAGGAUACAAGAGUGUCGCCAGUGUUCCCAAACUGGUGGAGGACUACAUGAACAAGAAGCUCAAAGUGGAUGAAUUUGUGACUCACACUCUGCCCUUUGAAAAGAUCACUGAUGGUUUUGAUCUCAUGCAUGCUGGGAAAUGCAUUCGUGUUGUGCUACAGUUCUAGAUGCAGAGGAACACAGGAAAACCAGGAUCUCACUCCAUGUUUAUCCUUCUCAGUUCAAUAAAUAAUCUUUCAAUUCCCUG